AUGGAUCUGUCACCCCGCCGCCGGCCGCUGCUGGACUCGUCGUCGCUGGACAGCGGCUCGCUGACCUCGCUGGACUCCAGCGUCUUCUGCAGCGAGGGCGAAGGGGAACCCUUGGCUCUGGGGGACUGCCUCACGGUCAACGUGGGCGGCAGCCGCUUCGUGCUCUCGCAGCAGGCUCUGUCCUGCUUCCCGCACACGCGCCUGGGCAAGCUGGCCGUGGUGGUGGCCUCCUAUCGCCGCCUAGGAGCCCUGGCUGCCGCUCCCAGUCCCCUGGAGCUUUGUGAUGAUGCCAAUCCGGUGGACAACGAGUACUUCUUCGACCGCAGCUCCCAGGCGUUCCGCUAUGUCCUGCACUACUACCGCACCGGCCGCCUGCACGUCAUGGAACAGCUGUGCGCUCUCUCCUUUCUUCAGGAGAUCCAGUAUUGGGGCAUCGACGAACUCAGCAUUGACUCCUGCUGCAGGGACAGAUACUUCAGAAGAAAGGAGCUGAGUGAAACACUUGACUUUAAGAAGGACACCGAUGACCAGGAAAGUCAACAUGAGAGUGAACAGGACUUCUCACAAGGACCUUGUCCCACUGUCCGCCAAAAGCUCUGGGAUAUCCUGGAGAAACCUGGGUCUUCCACAGCAGCCAGGAUCUUUGGAGUAAUCUCCAUCAUUUUUGUGGCAGUGUCCAUCGUCAACAUGGCCCUGAUGUCAGCUGAGUUAAGCUGGCUCAACCUACAGCUGCUGGAGAUCUUGGAAUAUGUGUGCAUCAGCUGGUUCACUGGGGAGUUCAUCCUGCGCUUCCUGUGUGUGAAGGACAGGUGCCGCUUCCUGAGGAAGGUGCCCAACAUAAUAGACCUCCUUGCCAUCUUGCCCUUCUACAUAACUCUUCUGGUGGAAAGUCUGAGUGGCAGCCACACCACACAGGAGCUAGAAAAUGUGGGGCGCUUGGUCCAGGUUUUGAGGCUCCUCAGGGCUCUUCGCAUGCUAAAACUGGGAAGGCAUUCUACAGGAUUGCGCUCUCUCGGGAUGACAAUCACCCAGUGCUAUGAAGAAGUUGGCCUCCUGCUCCUGUUUCUAUCUGUGGGAAUUUCUAUAUUUUCAACAAUAGAAUACUUUGCAGAGCAAAGCAUUCCUGACACAACCUUCACAAGUGUUCCUUGUGCAUGGUGGUGGGCCACCACAUCCAUGACUACAGUAGGAUAUGGGGACAUUAGACCAGACACCACUACAGGCAAAAUUGUGGCCUUCAUGUGUAUUCUAUCAGGAAUCCUUGUCUUGGCCUUGCCUAUUGCCAUUAUUAAUGAUCGCUUCUCUGCUUGCUACUUCACUUUGAAACUCAAGGAAGCAGCCGUGAGACAACGGGAAGCUCUCAAGAAGCUUACCAAGAAUAUAGCCACUGACUCAUAUAUCAGUGUUAACCUGAGAGAUGUCUAUGCCCGGAGCAUCAUGGAGAUGCUUCGAUUAAAGGGCAGGGAAAGAGCAAGUACUAGAAGCAGUGGUGGAGAUGAUUUCUGGUUUUAAGUUUACCUAUGUACAUUUGACUGGAUUGAUGAAGCCUUGCUACUACGGAUAUCUGUAUAUUGAUGAUGAGUUCCUUGAACGAUUCUCAUCUUCUUUCUGGUCUAUUGAUUUCCUAGAAUAUUUAACAUCUGCUAUAGCAACUACUGAUUAUUUUGAUGCACAUGUCUUCAACAUAGCUAAUUAAUACAACCAAAAUGAUUUGGGAAAAGAAAUACAUAUCUGAAUUUUCAAAUAUUAAUGAAUAUAAUUUCAUACAAAAUAUAGUUUCAAACUUUAAAAGUUUAAAGAUUUAUGUGCUAAUGUUUUUAGGUUUUUGCAGCUUUGGGUUUACUUUUUUUAAUGGAAGUUGAACUGCACAGCCCACAGGGAAAAAAUUAGGGAACAUUUGAAAAUACACUGAACAUCAUUUUGCUAUUUAAAAAUAUUAUCCAAAUAAAUUACUUUUUUCUCUAUAAAUUAGACAUUAUACUCUGUUGAGUAUAAUGAUAAGCUUUGCAAGCAAACACUCAAACUUUGUGGUCUUAGAGGGUACCUCUUUUCCCAUCAAGUGCGAAUCACUGGGCCAAAAUGGACAGGGCUCCGCCUUCAUCACUCCAGUUGCAAGUGACCUCAGACUGCUGAGAAUGCAGUAAGUGAGGCUUCAAGUGCCUGGACAGCUUCAUCAUCCCAGCUGAGUGUGAUGUGUGAAGAAGAAAGCAGCACAGGUCUUUGUGACAAUUAGAUGGUUUGUAAAAUGUCUCAUUAUGGAUGAACUAUUUAAGUUAUGCCUUCAAAACCAUGAAAUCAUGAAUAUGUAAAAGUGAAGUUGUUAAAAUCCUGAAUUUAUUCAUUGAAAAGAUUAGAUAGCCUUUUUAUGAGUGAAAAAUACGUUGAAUGGCAUCAUUAGAUGAACUUGAAGAUCUUUUUAUUUGUUAAAAAAUAUUGUGGAAAGUUUUCUGGUUGUUGAGGUAAAUAACAAAUAUUCAGACUUUGCAGGCACUUUGACAGUAUUUAUGGUAAUAAUACAAAGCCUAAAUGUUGUGGCAUAUAAUUAAAGCCAAAAGUUUUUAAAGCUAAGAAA